CAGAGAAACCACAUGUACAUAUUCAUCACAAACACACAGCAGAGAUCAUGUAGCCUACAGUAUAUACUUCUGUAUCCAAGUAUAAUGCUUAUCAGUAUUGCAACUGUCUUUCGCUUUGAAGGAAGGAGCCUCGUUAUAUGCUCGUGCACUGACUCAUCUUGAGUCAUUUAGCGUGUAAAUCUGUAUAUAUUUAACUGUUUUAUUAGAUUUAUGUUUUUAAAAUAUUGCCGGACAGAGGAGAUGGAUAUAAAGGCUCGUGUAGCAGCAGAGAGAAAUGUGCUGUGCUUGUUUGAUGUGGACGGAACGCUGACAGCCCCCAGAGAGAAGAUCGACCCAGAGCUGGAUGAUUUCAUUCAGGCGCUGAAGCAGAAGGUGAAGAUCGGCGUCGUUGGAGGAUCCGAUUAUUGUAAGAUCGCAGAGCAGCUCGGAGACGGAGAUGAAGUGAUACAGAAGUUUGAUUAUGUCUUCGCUGAGAACGGGACGGUGCAAUAUAAAGACGGCAAACUCAUCUUUAAACAGGCCAUUCAAAAUCACCUGGGCGAGGAGCUGCUGCAGGAGCUCAUCAACUUCUGUCUCAGCUAUAUGGGGCUCAUCAAACUGCCCAAGAAACGAGGGACGUUCAUCGAGUUUCGUAGUGGCGUGAUCAACAUCUCACCCAUCGGACGCAGCUGCACGCUAGAGGAGCGAAUAGAGUUCUCGGAAAUCGACAAGAGAGAGAAGAUUCGGGAGAAGUUCGUGGCGGCCCUGCAGAAAGAGUUUGCUGGAAAAGGCCUGCGCUUUACCAGAGGGGGUUUGAUCAGCUUUGACAUCUUCCCGGAGGGCUGGGACAAACGCCUCUGUCUGGACGUCCUGGAGCAGGAGGGACUGGACACCAUCUACUUCUUUGGCAAUGAAACCUCACUGGGUGGAAACGACUACGAGAUCUUCGAGGAUCCUCGCACCGUGGGCUUCAGCGUCUCCUGUCCCGCAGACACAGCGCGGCUCUGCAGAGAGAUGUUCUUCAGCGCUCCUCCAAAUGAAGAUUGAUCAAGACUCUCCGGCGCCCCCCGCUGGACAAUACAGGACACUACCGGUGGGAAACACACAUUGACUCAAUACAACAAACACAGAUGAAGACACAGACUGUAUGGAGACAUCACAAACAGACUGACCUUACAGCUUUAUAGUGUCCACGCAUUCAGGGUCAUUACCGUAAGCACUCAUUGAUAAGCAUCCGGAGUCAUUACCACUGCCAAAACAGGCUUUAUUAUUAGAGUUUUGGUCUCAUUUCAUGUCAAAAUAUCCAGAAAUAUCUUUUAAAUCAAGAAGCAUUUUAGAGAUGAGUACAAAUAUUGUUGUUUUCAGAAAUAAUGAGUCAAAAUUAAGUGUUUUCUUCCAGUAAAUAAAGCUAAAACGUCUGCAGAUGUGCUUAGUGAUGCAGUAUUACUCCAAUGUGAAAUUUGGAUUAUUUACUUGGCUCAUUGGCAGAUUAUUGUGCUUGUUUUACAGAAAAACUCACCUGAUUUUGACUUGCGUCAUUCUAUAUUUGUUGCUUGUCUUGAAAAUGCUUCUUAAUUUAAGAGUUUGUAGAUAUUUAGACUAUAACAAGACACAAACUCUCAGUGAUAAAGGCAUUUCUUGCGGUGUGUGUAUUUUAAUAGUCUGUUUUAACAGUAACGUGUUUAACCGUGGUCACGUUUACACUGUGGGGUUUACCGAGUGACCGCUCUCUUAAAGGGACAGCUCACUCAGAAAUACAAAUGCACUCAUUAUUCACUAAAGGAGUGUUUCUCAACCAUGUUCCUGGAGGACCACCAGCUCUGCACAUUUUCCAGGUCUCCUUAACCAAACACACCUGAUUCAGGUCAUCAGCUCAGUAGCAGAGACUAAAGGACCUGUAAUGGGUGUGACAGACAAAGAAGACAUCCAAACCAUGCAGUGCUGGUGGUCCUCCAGGAACGUGGUUGAGAAGCACUGCUUUUGAAGAAUGUUGGAAGCUGUUGACUUCCAUAGUAGUUAAAAAUUAUUUUUGCGUGAACCGGCCCUUUAAGAUGCAGCAUAUUCUGUGGGUUGUGGACAGAAAACAGCAGCAUAAUUAAGACUUCAUUAAUGGAUAGACAUUUAUUAAGACAUACUUUCUUCGUUUAAUUAGUCAGUAGUCAUCAUUAAAAGUGCUUCUUCAUAAAAACCACCCUUAAAAUCAUAAGCCAUUGACUUCCAUAGACGGAAAUAAGCUCAUUUUUGGGGUGAACUGGCCCUUUAAGAUGCAGAAAACAGAAGAAAGCUGUAUAAUUAAGACUUCAUUAAUAUAUAGACAUAAUUAAGACAUUCUUAUGUUAUUUAAUUAGUCAGCAAUCAUCAUCUCAUAUACUUUUUCAUAAAAACAACCCCAAAAAUCAUAAGCCAUUGACUUCUAUAGUAAGAAAUAUAGUCAUUUUGGGUGAACCGGCCCUUUAAGAUGCAGAAAACAGCAGACGGCUGCAUAAUUACGCCUAAUUUAUAGAUGGACAUAAUUCAGAUUUUUUUUUUCAUUUAAUUAGUCAGCAGUCAUCCUUAAAUAUGCUUUUUCAUAAAA